AGGCAAGUGCGCAAGAUGUGAUCGUCUGGGAAAAGAGUGUGUACAAUCCAAAGUCAAAAGUCCAGAAAGCGACGUCAGCGAACCCCCAUCUUCGGCGCACGCGCCCAAGCAUUUCACCUCGACGAUGGCCUCAAAGCAAGCAACAGACUUUGCCUUAAGUCGUUAUCGAAAUUCUCACCCAAGCGCUCUCAGUUUGGUCCCGCUUCCCCCGGAAAUCGUACCAAAUGUGGUUUAUGACUUGGAGCUUGAGAAGAGUGUUCAAUGGGCGGUCGAUUUCUUUGAUGGAGAGUUUGACGCGGAGACAUUCGUGACACAUUUGAAUGAGGCCGCACAGAGAGUGGAACCCUCUGGUCCUUACCUUGUCCAAUCAUGCCAUUGGGCUUUGAUUAUACGGCAGCCUGGGAUUUACCGGCGCCUAACGGUGGAGGAAGCUGAUGCAUUUACAUCGAAAAUCGUUGGAGCAUGGUUUCUUGAGAUCAAGAGGCCAACCUUCUGGACUCUCAGGGCGACUAUUAUUCUCUUGGAUCAUCUUCGAAGGAUGGGCGACCCUAGAAGCAAAUAUUUGGAAGUGUUAGUUCACGAAUUGCUAGACGAUGUAUCUCCGGUCGGCUCAUUGGAUGCUCAAGGUUCCAAUAUUGAAAGGCUCCGAUCCAUUCUUUACCGCCAGUUCCCGCGCGCCAUGUCUACCCCAAAUCUCACGAAAAUCCAGGAAACACCAGUCAUGCACCCUCCCGUUGUGGUGCAAGAUAUCCAACCGGCGGCCCAAGGCGAUCACCUCGACGCACUUGCGAGUGUCCGUUUACCCCCGUAUCCAACCUCGCUAAGAUGGGGGCUCAAUGACUUGCCCGACAUGUUCACGACUUGCCUAGAUCCAGAUGACGCUGUGAAUGAGGGCAGUAUCACUCGGUGACAGGGAAUGGGAAGCCUCGAAGGGCGGAACAAGUUGUUUUGAUGUGCGCAUAUAUUUUCAAUACCAAACCAAGCAUUGUGCUUGGUGGUGUCCAUUUGCUUUUGCCGACAUGUCUUAUGUGACUUUAUUCAUGGAUAGGGCCCUGGUCUGACAACAACAGUCUAAGAGACUUAGAUCACCUUUUCAGGUGAUAAACUUCAUGGUCUUCCUUGUGUGAGCUUGUCUGGAGUGGUUAAUGGACACUGGUCAUAUGUUAUAAGGUCUGUAAUGUUAUCACCUGGUUGUAAGUAGGUGUCGCAAAUUGUGGGACUAUGGGGGUAAAAUGAUAGGGUUUGCUAUCCUUCUACUCACCUGACUACUGUACCCACAUGACCAACUACCUGUCACGUGUCACGCGGGCUCAGGCUCAUUUGAAGACUCUGUCACGCAUCACGCGAGGCAAGCGGUCAAAUUGUCCCACGCAAAAAUGCUCAUUCACUUGUGGCUAUGCAAAGGCAAU